CAGCGUCUUGCAUCCUGCAGUUAUGUGUUGGAUCGUCUCAGGUGCCUCUUUGCACAACCUACACCUUGGGUCUUGUCUGGUGUGGUAUAUCUGGGCCUCGAUGGCUCUGGUGCUCAAGGCCUGCUCCUGAGCAGCCAGGAUGAGUGCCUCUGUGCUGUCCUUCAGGCCAGCCCUCUCUAGCCACUGAUAGGACUUCUUGAAAUCAGCCACUGCAGUUAUGGUCCGGUGGUACAUCCCGUGUAGGGGCUUGUCCUCCCAUGAUGGUCCCUCUUCCAGCGCCUCAUCUUAUGUUCCCCAUUGUCUGAGAUAUUCUCUGAGUACGUCCUCUGUUGGAGCCUUCUCCCUGAUGUAUUCAUGGAGCUUGUAUGGUUGUAUGCUACCAGCGACCAGAUCCAGAUGGUCUUAGACUGUUUGCAGCCGCACAUGGACGACCCGGAUGUCCAAGCUCAAGUGUCCAGCUUUCCUUGAGAUGGCUGUCAAGCAGGAGGAGCAGCAGCAGAAGAUCACCCCGGGGGCGCUGGCCCUGGACGACAACGCCGACCUGGAGCGCCAGUUUCACUUUCAUCUGCGCGGACUCUUUGGCGUUCUGUCCAAACUCACCCUGCAGGCAGAUCACCUCACCAACCGAUACAAGCAAGAGAUCGGCGGUGGAAACUUUAUGAGAUAUAAUGCAUCCUGGACAGUGGCUCUCACACUCACUAGUCCCCGGCCUCCUUCCUUUCGGCUUGCGUAUAGUCUCAGGGUGCUGGCCGCAAUGAUGCCUGACAUGAGCUUCCAUGUUGUGGAGAGACAGGUUAUUGGCCGAUAGUUGGAUGGCACUACACCCUUUGAGGGAUCCUUCAUGAUCAGGAUCGUUCGCCCUUCGGUUAGCCAUCCUGGGUGAGUCCCAUCCCUCAGCAGCUGGUUCAUUUGUGCUGCUAGGCGCUCAUGGAGUGCUGUGAGUUUCUUUAGCCAGUAGGUGUGGACCAUGUCCGGGCCUGGUGCUGUCCAGUUCUUCAUAUCUGAGACUCUUUCCUGUAUGUCUGCCACUGUUAUGGUAACUGGGUUCUGUUCAGGGAGGUUGCUGUGCUCCUCUCUCAGGGUCACCAGCCAUUGUGCACUGCUGUUAUGUGCAACCUCCUUCUCCCGUAUGCCUUUCCAGUACCUUUCAGUUUCCAGUCUUUGGUGGGUCAGCUCUGUUGUUAGGACCCUGCCACUGAGCGUACACUUUCGCAGGUUGUGUUGCGAACAGCCUGUUU